AUGUCAACAAUACCACCAUCAACACCACCAAUAUCAUCAUCACAACAACUUAAUUUUGCUCCUUUACAUCGUACAGUUGAAUUAGAAAAUAUUCAUGAACAAGUUACACAAAAUGAUUUCGAUCAAAAACAAGAACCACCAAUAGCACGUAAAAUACUAACAAAAUAUAUGACAGUUAUUGGUGAUGGUAAUGAUAUAAAUACACUUAAAACAUCAACACAAUGA